AAAACAGUUAAAACCAAGAAAACUUCACUAAAUAUAUGUUUUAGAGACUGAAAUAAAAUAAGUGAGAUGAUUUACAGCUACACAUCUGUCUUAUAGUGUUCAGGCAGUUUGGGAAUCUAAACAGAUGAAAAAGGAAUAAAGCAAAUGGAAAAAAAAAAAAAAAGGAAAAGAAAGCAAAAGAGCUGAUAAAGUUUCUGGCUACAAUACAGGAGACAUAUCAUUACCAUAUGAUCUAAUGUGGGUGUCAGCCUGGAUUGUGUUCAUUGAGAGAAACCUUAUUUUUUAACUGUGCUAUGGAAUAGAAGCAGGAGGGUUUUCCACCAAGUGACAGUCGCUGAGCUGAACUUACCCCCUCCUCCUUUCCACACCUGCAAAGCCUUUUGCCUGGGUUGAAUAUUUAGUUUAAUUACAUCUCAGCUUUGAGAGCUCCUGUUGCAAAUCCCUGGAUUAAAAGGUUCUGCCUGGAGUUGAUGAACUAAGCCAUGAGGCUGGCUCUCCUCUUCAUCCUACUGCUGCCAGUAUGCUUGGCCAAGCCAUUCCACCAGAUGGGCCUCUUUGACUUUAUGCUGGAGGAUGAGGGGUCGGCUGAUAUGGCUCCAACAGAUGAUCCUGUCAUAUCUGGAUUUGGGCCAGUGUGCCCCUUCCGCUGCCAGUGCCAUCUCCGUGUGGUACAGUGCUCUGACCUAGGUCUGGAAAGAGUGCCAAAAGAUCUUCCCCCUGAUACAACUCUGCUGGACUUACAGAACAACAAAAUAACUGAAAUUAAAGAAGGAGAUUUCAAAAACUUGAAGAAUCUUCAUGCAUUAAUCCUUGUUAACAACAAAAUCAGCAAAAUAAGCCCAGCAGCUUUUGCUCCUCUGAAGAAACUGGAAAGACUUUACCUGUCCAAGAAUAACCUGAAGGAACUUCCAGAAAACAUGCCAAAGUCUCUUCAGGAGAUACGGGCUCACGAAAAUGAGAUCUCCAAGUUGAGGAAAGCUGUCUUUAAUGGACUGAAUCAAGUGAUUGUCUUAGAACUAGGCACAAAUCCACUCAAGAGCUCAGGCAUUGAAAAUGGAGCUUUUCAGGGGAUGAAGAGGCUUUCCUAUAUCCGUAUCGCAGACACCAACAUUACUAGCAUCCCAAAAGGACUUCCUCCAUCCCUUACGGAACUUCAUCUUGAUGGCAACAAAAUCAGCAAAAUUGAUGCUGAAGGCCUGUCUGGACUCACCAACUUGGCUAAAUUGGGUCUCAGCUUCAACAGUAUUUCUUCAGUUGAAAAUGGAUCUCUUAACAAUGUACCUCAUCUGAGAGAGCUUCAUCUGAAUAACAAUGAACUUGUCAGAGUACCUAGUGGGCUGGGUGAACACAAAUAUAUACAGGUGGUCUAUCUUCAUAACAACAAAAUUGCUUCCGUUGGUAUCAACGACUUUUGCCCUCUUGGAUACAACACCAAAAAGGCUACCUAUUCCGGUGUGAGUCUCUUCAGCAACCCUGUGCAAUACUGGGAAAUCCAGCCCUCUGCUUUCCGGUGUAUCCAUGAACGCUCUGCAAUACAGAUUGGAAAUUACAAAUAGAUUUCUAAAGAUAGGGUUCAGUUGUAUUUCAGCUAAAGUACUUGUUGUAAUAGGCCUGUUCAAAAAAUUGUUGCUAACAAUGCCAAAUACCAGAAACUUUACUGCAAAGUGGAGAUGAUCCAUUGAUGUAAAAUAAAUUAAUCAUUGCAGAUCUACAAGAUAAAACAUGCCAUCAAAAAAGAAUUACUGACUGUGCUUUAAACUGACUUAUUUCAGCCUUCUUUUCCAGCAUGCUUUCUGUGGUAAUUUUUGGUUUGCUGAAUGCUACAGUUUUUCAGAUUCCACUGUAUAUGAGAUUCGGAGUAAAUAUUUGUCAAGUUAUGAUAUAUAAAAAAGAAAAAAAAAGAUAGUGAUUGAGCAUAUUUUUAUAGCCACACAAGACAAAUAGAGGAAAAAAGGACUCUCAAGUCAUUUUGAGACUUGAGAAGGUGAGAGUUACCUCCUUUAAAUUUAUUUCAAGCCCUGGAGGUUUAAAAGUAUCACUAUAAUACUAAGCUAAUUCUGAAUGUAUCUAUUUAGCAAAGGCAAAUAAAAUUGUUGCUAAUGUCAUUAUUUUGGGAAAAAUAAAAAUAAAUUCAUAUUGUACACA